AUGACGGGCCGCCGCCGCGUCCUCCUCGCGCUGGCGCUGCUCCUCGCCGUCGCGCUCGCGCCCGCCCCGGCCGCGUCCCAGCCGCCGCCGCUCGACCCGCCGCCGUCCUGGGUGUUCCCCAACCCGCGCCUCCGGGCGGCCUACGUCGCGCUGCAGACCUGGCGCCGCACCGCCAUCUUCUCCGACCCGGCCAACUUCACCGCCAACUGGUCGGGCCCCAACGUCUGCGCCUACAACGGCGUCUUCUGCGCGCCGCACCCGGCGGACGGCGGCGUGGUCGUCGUGGCCGGGAUCGACCUCAACCACGCCGACAUCGCCGGGUACAUCCCCGACUCGCUCCCCGCGGGCCUCCCCGACCUCGCGCUGCUCCACCUCAACUCCAACCGCUUCUGCGGCGUGCUCCCCGACACCUUCCUCCACCUCCGCCUCCUCCACGAGCUCGACAUCAGCAACAACCGCUUCGUCGGCGGCUUCCCGGAGGUCGUGCUCCAGCUGCCCUCGCUCCGCUACCUCGACCUCAGGUUCAACGAGUUCGAGGGCCGCAUCCCGCCCGCGCUCUUCGACCGCCCGCUCGACGCCAUCUUCCUCAACUCCAACCGCCUCACGCGCCCCAUCCCGCCCAACCUCGGCAACUCGCCCGCCUCCGUGCUCGUGCUCGCGCACAACAGGCUCGGGGGAUGCAUCCCGCCGUCGAUUGGGAAGAUGGCCGAGACGCUCAACGAGAUCGUGCUCAUCGACGACGACCUCACCGGCUGCAUCCCGCCGCAGGUGGGGAUGCUCAGGAAGGUGACCGUGUUCGAUGUCAGCGGCAACGACCUGCAGGGCCCGCUCCCGGCCACCGUCGCUGGACUGGUGGCCGUCCAGGAGCUCAACGUCGCCGGGAAUCUCUUGGAGGGCGCGGUGCCGGCGAGCGUCUGCGGACUGCCGAGUCUGAGGAACUUCACCUACGAGGACAACUUCUUCACCGGCCGGCCGGGAUGCGCCGUGGCGACGGCGGACGGCAGGUGGAACUGCAUCCCCGGCGCUCCCGCGCAGCGCCCGCCGGCACAGUGCGCCGCGGCGGCAGCCAGCCCGUUCGACUGCAGCAGGUCGCAGUGUCAGGAAUCAGCAGGGCCAGGCCCAGGCAAGGGAUCGCACGGAGGCCGCAGGCCGCCCACUCCGAGGGGUGGGCCGCCGAGGGGCCAUCGUCGAAGGUCGCCGCCACCGCCAGGCUGGUUUACGCCGCCGGGCCCAUUGUUCCCGCCGGGCUCGUCCACACCAUCGUCCCCGUCCCCGCCCGGUGGCUCCACAACGCCAGGAACGGCGGCGCCGCCACCUCCGACCCACAGCGAGAGCCCCGGGCACGCACUGCCGCCCUCCUCCGCACCACCACCCCAGGGCACCCCGUCUCCGUCCUCCGGCAACCAGCCGCCGUCCGCGUCCUCGCCGUCCAGUCACCAACCCACAACACCUCCCCCCGGGUACGCCCCUCCGGCCCUCACGCCGCCGACCGCGCCCACGCCAUCCUCGCCGCUGCCGCUGCCGGCCCCUGGUCCCUGGGCACCACCCCCUCCACCAGGCGGCGAAGGCGGAGCGCCAUCCUCUCCACCAAGCGGCGGAGGCGGGACGCCACCGGUUCACGGCAUGCCAUACUCGUCCCCGCCACCACCACCAACGACAGUGCCGUUGCCCCCGGUCCACGGCGUGUCAUACUCGUCGCCGCCGCCGCCGCUCCUCCCGCCGGUCUACGGGGUGUCCUACUCGUCGCCGCCGCCUCCAAUGCCGCUGGUCUACGGGGUGUCGUACGGGUCGCCGCCGCCACCGACGGGGCCGUAGAAAUAGCUGCUAGCUAGGUAGCACCACUAGCUAGCCGCGCCGCAGGCUGAUCUAUCGGCCCGGCCGCCACCUCCACGGCCGGAUCGCUCGUCGUCAGCCAGCCAGCCAGUCCGUCCGUCCGUUCGUCCGUCCGUCCGUGGCUCGUCCGUCACCAGUACAUCUCUUCCCUGUAGUUUCUUGCUCUCCUCCUCUCCUUGAACGUUAUUUUUUGUUCUCUGUUGUCCAUUUGUUAUGUCGUUAUUUGAUCCGAAUUAAAUUCCAAACAAGUCUCCACGGUGGAUUCUUUCAUCA